AUGCGGCGCUGGCAUCUCACAUUGUCUCACCCAAAAGCAACGAUGCUCUUCAGAGGGGCCGUGGGCAUUUGCAGCAUCCAUUUCGGGGUGCAAGAGGAUGCGAGACCAGAAGCUCGACACUGCCAGGAGCCUGCAGAGAGUUCGAAGGUGGCAGUGCCCGAGGUCCACUACAGCCUGAAAGACCGAAAAGCCCUCGCCAACUUCCUACAAGAUGCUGACAUUCGCUUGGUCCGCGCGGAGUACCUCUACGAGCUGCAGAGCUCGAAAAGGCCUUUCCCCCGGCGGCAAGAGGCACAGCAGGUGAAGUCUGCGCUGGUCAGCCACAGACACGUCCGGGAGUGGUCUACGGGAAAGAGAGAUGCAAUAAUUUGCUCGGUGUCUCACUGCUGGGAGAGCAGGGAACAUCCGGAUCCUUUCGGGUUCCAACUCGAAAACUUGGUCAGCUGCAUCUCCCUGUACGAUGCCGCUUAUUUCUCAGACAUUUGGGUGUUUUAUGAUUAUGUUUCCUUGUUUCAGUUUGAGCGAAAGACACCCGAAGAGGAAGAGAGCUUUCGACACUCCAUGGCCAACAUGCAUGUGCUAUACGCCCACGAGCACUGCCUGACCUUUCGUCUUGAACGGCUCACCCCUGAGGAGUACUGGCUGAACUCAGACCACAGAGUCCCAGUGUAUCAUUUGCCCACGAAGUCGAUCCAAGAAGUUCCGGUCCGAGACCUGCAACGCAACUCGGUUCCAUACAGGGACCGCGGGUGGUGCCGCGCGGAGAUCGAGUGGUCUUCGGCCAAAAGCGCCACGAAACAGAACCAGCAGAUCGACGCUGGGGAGUCUGAACCUGAGGCCUGCUUCGUGGGCAAAGUCCCCAUGGCUCCCGCGGAAUUUCGGAAGCAUAUGGACAGCUCUGAGUUCACACACCGCGAUGAUGCAACGGAGGUCAUCAAGUUGCAGGAGAAAAUCUUUCAUGAGAAAGUCACAGCGUGUGAGGUGGCUGAGUUCGAGAACCUCCCAGAAGGCGAGGUGAUGCAGUUGGCCAAAGCCCUGCCGUUUUACAAAAGCCUCCGGGUCUUACGCCUCCGCAACUGCCAAGCCGGCGAAGCGGAGGGGCAUGAGCUUGGAAAGGCACUUGGAGCACACAAAGUCCUCGAACAGCUGUCGAUCAAAGGAAGCUCCGAAGAUUUGGCAAAGGCCACCGUGAAGGCACUCGCAAGAGCAUUGAAGAAGAACGGCACCAUCACCACGAUCGACCUUGGUUUCAAUAACAUCGGUGAUGAGGGUGCGCAGGCACUCGCGAGCGCGCUGGACAAGAACAGCGCCGUCACCACCAUCGUCCUUGAUCUCAAUCUUAUUGGUGAUAAGGGUGCACAGGCACUUGCAAGAGCAUUAGAGAAGAACAACACCGUCACCACGAUCGACCUUCAUAAAAACAACGUCGGUGCUGAGGGUGCACAGGCACUCGCGAGAGCACUGGAGAAGAGCGUCACCAUCACCACGAUCGACGUUGGUCUCAAUCCUAUUGGUGAUAAGGGUGCACAGGCACUCGCAAGAGCCUUGGAGAAGAAUAGCACCGUCACCAGGAUCCACCUUGACUGGAGUAUGAUCGGUGCUGAGGGAGCACAGGCAUUCGCGAGAGCGCUGGAGAAGAACAGCACCGUCACCGCGAUCGACCUUGCUCGCAAUGACGUCGGUGAUGAGGGUGCACAGGCCCUGAAGAGCGUCGAAGAAAGGACUGCGGCAAACAAAGCUUCUGCGCAGGAAGAUCGUGGGAGCUCUCGGCAGGUUGGAGAUGUAAGAAGCAACCUCGACCAGUCCACUGUCCAGGGUGCAUGCCCAGGACACCCACGCAUGAAGGCACUCGCCGAAGAAGUGGAGAGGAACAGCACUGUGACCAAGAUCUAUAUUUUUCGCGAAGAGAUUGGUGCUGAGGGUGCACAGGCACUCGCGAGAGCGCUGGAGAGGAACAGCACCGUCACCACCAUCGACCUUCAUGGCAAUAAGAUCGGUGCUGAGGGUGCACAGGCUCUCGCGAGAGCGCUGGAGAAGAACGGCACUGUCACCGAGAUCAGGCUUUGUGAAAAUGGCAUCGGUGAUGUGGGUGCAAAGGCACUCGCGAGAGCGCUGGAGAAGAACGGCAGCGUCACAAAUAUCGACCUUGGUGUCAAUGGCAUCGGUGCUGAGGGUGCACAGGCCCUGCAAAGCAUCGAAGAAAGGACCGCGGCCAACCGGCAAACACAACUUCUGCGCAGGCGUGACGCUUUGCAGCGCAAGACCUGCCGCCAGGCGAGACGGCGGGAGACGCUCUGUUGUCCGACUUGGCCCAGGAGGUCAAGUUGCGCGGGUUUCCUGACCUGA